AUGUCUGCUCCUACUAUACCUUCUACUCAAAAGGCUAUCAGAAUCCACAAGACUGGUGACUUUGACGUUGUCCAAUUGGAUAAGGAUGUCGCUGUUCCAGAGAUUUCUGAUACCCAGAUUCUUGUCAAGAACGCGUAUGCUGGCAUCAACUUCAUUGAAAACUACUUCCGCAUAGGCCUUUAUCCCGCUUCCUACCCAUUGACAUUGGGUCGUGAGGGAGCUGGUGAGGUUGUUAAGGUUGGAGCCAAGGUGACAAAGUUUGCUGUUGGAGACAAGGUGUCAUACGUCAAUCCCAAUGCUUAUGCCCAAUACACUGCUUUGGAACAGGCAGCCAAAGUGCUGAAGAACCCUGAGGGCAUUGAUACCAAGUUGGGAGCUGCUUCCCUUCUUCAAGGUCUUACUGCGUUGACUUUUGUUAAGGAGGCCUAUGAGGUUAAGGCUGGAGACUAUAUUCUGGUUCAUGCUGCUGCUGGCGGUACUGGUUCGAUUAUUGUGCAGCUUGCACACCACUUUGGUGCUCAUGUAAUUGGCACAGUGUCUACUCCAGAAAAGGCUCAAAUUGCCAAAGAAAAUGGUGCUGACUACAUUAUCAACUAUAAGACGGAGGACAUUGUUGAGCGAGUGAAUGAGAUCACUAAAGGUCAGGGUGUUCAAGGUGUAUUUGAUGGUGUUGGCAAGUCAACUUUUGAAACUUCGCUGGCGGCUCUUGCUCGUAAGGGUACGCUUGUUUCUUUUGGAAAUGCGUCGGGUCCAGUUCCGCCAGUGAGCCUUUUGUCCCUGAGUGCCAAGAACCUGAAGAUUUUGCGCCCGACCUUGUUCAACUACAUUUAUUCUGUGGACGAGUGGAAGUAUUACUCAGAGCUUCUCUUUAAGCUGAUUGCUGAUAAAGUUGUACGUAUUAAGGUUAGCAAUGUUUAUCCUUUGGAGAAGACUCGGGAUGGUCUACGUGACUUAUUUGAGGGUAAGACUACUGGUAAAUUGCUUGUGGAAAUUGAUUAA